GUUUCGUUCCUGGAAACGCAUUCAACAUGAGAGAGAAAGCAACGGGUUUUCGGGCUUGCAGGUACAUUCUAAGUAUAUAUGUAUUAUGUACCGAAGUUUGUUUUAGUUAUUAUAAAUGUUUCACAACGCAUAUGGGUUAUGCUACGUCCACGUUUUUGGAAUGUCGUCGUGCAACGGGUGCCCAUCCAAGAUAACAGAGAACACCCCCUCAACACAUUUUAUUUGUAGUGAUUAUCAGCUGUGCUGGUUACUGCAAUGAAUGUUAACACUAUCCAUCAUCAGGCGACGACCACAGCUUCGGUUGCAGCGCCUCGUAGCUGGAGGGAGUUCUGCGAGUUGCAUGCCAUUGCUGCGGCCCGAGAACUAGCCAACCACUACUGGAACUUUGCCAGGGAGCGGCCAGAGCACGAUGUCGUCCCACCGGACAGCUUCUCCAAGCAGUUCAGUGAGCUGUUCCAGCAGCACUUCCACAGUGAGGUGGCCAAAGAGAUCCCUGCAUCGGCCCCUCCCCCCCUCCCCCCUCCCCCCAUGAUGGGCCGGCUCCGCAUCACCUCCUUCUCCGGGGCACUGGACUACCGAGAGGCGGGCCGGCCUGGCGUGCUGGCCCCAAAGACGGAGCCCGUGACAGGGAGCCGGGAGCAGGGGAACCCCCUCCGAUGCUCGGCAGCCAACCCGGUGCUACGAGCUCGAGCUCCCAUCCGGAGCCGCAGCCAGGAGGAGGUGUCUGUGUCGGAGCGGCGGCCUGCGUCUGAACGGUACACCCCCACCUCGUCCUCCUUCCCCAUUGCUGCUGAAGUCACACACUUCUCCGUCAGCCAGAUCAGGCAAAGCGUGUGGCGUCUCUUUAAGAAGCGCCCGCCGCCCCUUCAGGACCUGCAGCCCAGCAGGCCGGGGGACAGGGGAACGGGUGGGGCUCUGGAGGAAGUGACGGCCUUAUCAUCGUCAGCGCUGACUGGGAACCCCUCCCCCGAGGCCACGCCCUCUGCCUCCAUCCCGUCGACAGCGACCCACUUCCUAGAACGGCUGACUAGCAGGUUUGGCAGUAGGCAGAGUGUGAAGCGCAGGCCGCAGGCUGCGAGCAGCUGCAAGGAAGGCCAGCUGAAGUACCUGGUGGUUGACGACACGAUCUCGGACACACAGCAUCGAUGGCAGCGCUGCCGCCUGCUGGUGAGGAAGAUCAGAGAGGGCCUGGCAGGAGAGAGGUUCCAGCUGGAGCUCUACGACCCCCCCAAGGGCUCCAGUCCUAAACUGACAGCCCGUUGCUCAGACAUCCUGGAGAUCCGCCGCUGCAACUGUCUGGAGAUGCCUGACAACACCAACACAUUUGUUCUAAAGGUUAAUCACUAUCCAGGUAGUCUCAUAUUUGAGACUGACAAUGACCAACAGGUCAGCUCCUGGACAACAGAACUUAAAGAAUGGAUAAAAAACAGGUCUGGAAGCGGAGAUUUGGAACGCCUAACCUACCCUAUGGACAAUGCUGCGACGGCCAACCGGAGAGGGAGCUCCGAGUCAGGGAGUCAGGGCUCUGCAACCUUUGCCCUCUCGGAGCAGGUGUACCAUAAGACUGACCACUUCCUGUGUUUGUACCCCUGGUUCCACGGCCCAAUCUCGCGGGUCAAGGCGGCCCACCUGGUCCAGAACUCGGGCCUGGAGGGCCACGGAGUCUUCCUGGUGAGGCAGAGUGAGACCCGCCGCGGAGACUACGUCCUCACCUUCAACUACCAGGGCAAGGCCAAGCACCUGCGUCUGUCUCUAACAGAGUGUGGUCAGUGUAGGGUGCAGCACCUGCGUUUCCCCUCCGUCAUGGACAUGCUCAGUCACUUCCGCCUCUACCCCAUACCCCUGGAGUGUGUCGCCGCCUGCGACGUCACCCUGUCCAGCUUCGUGGUGGCCAACUCCACCACACAAGGUCAGAUUUCAGCAGCUGUCCUGGUUCCCUUCUCCCUGCACCGCUGGAGCUCCGAGCCCAGCCUGGCCCACAGCCCGCUCCCCUCAGCAGCCCCCUCCCCAGACCCCCUGCCCCAACCCAGGCACCCUCUCCCACGCACUGCGCCCUUCCCAGACCUUCCCACCUCGGGUCCCUUGCGUCGGAGCGAGUCGGUGGGCCGCAGACCCCUGCUGCGUCACCCCAACCCCCACCCACCCCUCCUCACUCAACGGGACUCCGACUACGAACUGGAGCCAGACAGAGGCCGCAAGAGGGCCAUCGACAACCAGUACAUGUUCCUCUAACUGGAGCCAGACAGUGGCCGCAAGCGGGCCAUCGACAACCAGUACAUGUUCCUCUAACUGGAGCCAGACACAGUGGCCGCAAGAGGGCCAUCGACAACCAGUACAUGUUCCUCUAACUGGAGCCAGACAGUGGCCGUAAGCGGGCCAUCGACAACCAGUACAUGUUCCUCUAACUGGAGCCAGACAGUGGCCGCAAGCGGGCCAUCAACAACCAGUACAUGUUCCUCUAACUGGCAGACUCCUGGUCACAGCCGACCCAGUGGUGGCUCUGAGACUCCAAGCGAGCGCAGGACGGACUCAUGAGUGAACGUGUAUGCCAGAAUGGAGGUCUGUCUCGUGGGGUGGGUGUCAGAGUUCCGACCCGAGUGUCCAUUAUGAAUGUAUUUUUAGGAAAGUGUCUGUUCUAUGAUUAUUCUCAUUUUAUGAAGCGGCUGUUGUGGUUGUUCUAAGGGAUGUUGCUACAUGGGAGUGGCGCUGGUGUGGAAGGUCUUCCCUCACUCCCUCUCCCUCCCCCUUCCAUAGGGGUGAAGCAUUAGGCAACACUCCCUCUCCCUCCCCCUUCUAUAGGGGUGAAGCAUUAGGCAACACUCCCUCCCCUCCACACACAAACACACUCCAUUUUAUAGUGUAUUGUAAUGUUCUUUGAUACCCUGUGUAUUAGUGUAUUUCAAAUGCACACAUUGUAUACACAGUGUACUUUUAAAACACUGUGUAUUUUAGUACGCAGACUAUUUUUGUAGAAAAGAUGGUGUUGAAAAAGAAAUAAAAAAAAGCUUAACUGUGA